CCCGCAGUAGCUCGAAGUUUGUCCCUCUGGUGCUUCCGUAGCUGUUUCUGUCAUCAGCAGCCGCAGUAUGGCGGGCUCCAGUGGUGUGAUGGACGGGGACUUCAUGAAACAUGCCGAAUAUACACCGAAAUCCAGCGGGCAGAAAGAGACAGAUAUUGACAAACGCCUUUCAUUUUCUGCAUAUUACAAAGGAGGAUUUGAGCAGAAGAUGACCAGACGGGAAGCCAGCUUUAUUCUUGGGAUCAGUGCAGUCCCGACCAGCACUAAGGCAAAGGUACUGGAAGCCCACAGAAGGAUCAUGGUACUAAAUCAUCCAGAUAAAGGUGGAUCCCCGUAUUUGGCAGCAAAUAUCAAUGAAGCAAAAGAUCUGCUUGACUCUGGCCCUCGGUGCUGACCCAGCUGCCCGCGCUACCCCAACAGAGAGUUACAUCUACUUCAGUGCCGCCAACUCACCCAUGAGCCUCCACAAGUCAUUGUUCUCCUCCAUGUUUUUCUGACAUAAAUCAGCCGACUCUUAGCAUAUUGCGCUCCGUUCUAUCUGUCACUGUUCCUCGCUGCCACUGUAAUGCAAGUCGGCAAAGGUUGAUCCUUCACGUUAAAGGAUCUUCACGCUGUCCAUGUGAAAUAUCUCACAGUAAUCUUUAUUAUUUAUUGAGGUGACUUCUGUAAUGUUUAACGUCUGCUGAAAAAUCUGGUGGAUAUAUCAUUUCCAGUGGUCUAAACAGCCCAGAGUAUUUCCCCUAAUCCGCAGGGACCAGACUAUCUAGGUGUUAAAUUAUUUUAGCAUGCUGAAUAAACUGUUUUACAAAUCUGGAAUGACUCAUUGUGAGUAUUUUUGUAUUUGUUUGUACGCUACCAUUUUCCUCCAGCUGUGCUCUGACUGAUGCCUGUCUGGUCUGACGGAUCCAUGCAGGAACGGAGCGGCUGGGAUUGGACAGACAUUCUGUACACCAUGACUUGGACUGCUGAUUUGCCGUUUGUCAGGCUGAGAUUAAUGCCAAAGACAGGAUAGCACAAAACAAGCUGCACAAACCAGCAACACAUUAUUACAAAAGGAAUAAAAAGCAAGCAGCAGUGAAAGAAAUUGCUUCUAGGAUGCAUUUUAUAUUUCAUUUCCUCGAGAGCAAUGUCGAGCUACAUUCAGAAUAGAGUAUUAGCUUGUGCCUACUGUCUAUUUCAAAAAUAGCUUGUAAAAUGAAGGCAUUAUUACAUCAUAAACAUAUCAAACUGUUUUAUGCUUUGUUACUGUCAUAUGAUCUCAUUUUAAAUGUGAGAGGUGUCCAGUCAUUGUAAUGGAAAACAGAUAUGGUUGUAA